AUGGCUUCAAUACAAACCUCAACUCUGCUUUCUUCUUCUUUUUCUUGCUUCUCUUCAAAAAGAGUAAAUGCCGCAAUCCAUGUCCCGAAGCUCCCAAGAGUCAAUUUCUCAGUGCCAAAGAUCCCUACCGGAAAGCUGGUUGAGGGGUUAACAUUCACAGACUCAGUGCCAUUACUUGAAAAUAAUGUUACCAGCACACAGUUACGUGAUGAUUUAUACAAUUCUACAACCUCUAAGUCCACUAUGCAACUCUAUGCAAUCUUAGAGGCUGUAGCUGACAGAGUAGAAAUGCACAAAAACAUUGGCGAGCAGCGUGACAAUUGGAACACCUUGCUUUUGAACAACAUCAACAUGAUUACGCUCAGUGCUGUAACAAUGGCUGGUGUUGCAGCCGCAAGUGGUGCCGGGGAACCGCUUUUGGCUCUGAAACUAUCAUCCACUCUUCUCUUUUCUGCAGCCACUGGGAUGCUACUUGUCAUGAACAAGAUUCAGCCCUCACAACUCGCUGAGGAACAACGCAAUGCUACUAAGUUGUUUAGAAAACUUCAGACCCAAAUACAAACCACAAUUGCUCUUGGAAACCCUACAGAGGAAGAUGUGAAGGGUUCAAUGGAGAAGGUUUUGGCCCUUGACAAAGCUUAUCCACUUCCCUUGUUGGGAGCCAUGCUUGACAAGUUUCCUGCAAAAUUUGAACCUGCAGUUUGGUGGCCUGCCACUCAGUUCAAAAGGGAAAGUAAAACACACAAAGGAAAAUCACAGAGCAGUACUCAUCAGAAGAUGGAGAAGAGGAAUGGAUGGAGCAAAGAACUAGAAAUGGAAUUGAGAGAGGUUAUUGAAGUUGUAAAGAGAAAAGACAUUGAGGACUAUGAGAGACUGGGAAACAUUGCGCUAAAGAUCAAUAAGACUUUGGCGAUAGCAGGGCCUUUACUCACGGGCAUUGCAGCAGUAGGAUCUGGAUUUGUAGGCAACGGUUCAUUGGCAGCUAUAGUCCCUAUCAUGGCUGGGUCAUUGGCUGCUGUAAUUAAUGGUUUUGAGCAUGGUGGACAAGUAGGUAUGGUAUUUGAAAUGUACAGAAAUUGUGGUGGAUUCUUCAAAUUGUUGGAAGAGACAAUUGAAGCUACAAUGGAAGAGAAAGACUUGGAGAGAAGAGAAAAUGGGGAGCUCUUUGAAAUGAAGAUGGCUUUGCAAUUGGGAAGAAGUGUGUCACAGCUGAGAGAACUCGCCUCAAAAUCAGCUUCCUCUCGGGCGGAAGGAAUAGCCGUUGAUGAAUUUGCCAGCAAGCUAUUCUAA